AAUUUACAUAGUUAAUUAAAUCAAUUAGACGAUGCAUUUUCAUCAGUGACUCUUGAUACCUCUACGUAAUAAAGGGGCCUAAAUAAUGUUACCUCCUAGUGCUCCUUCUAGUGAAACUACAUUUUUCCAAGUUGAGGACGAACCUGAUAGUCCUCCUUCUUACCAUGAAGCGAUUAACAUGAAACCAAUUUCGCAUCAUAAUACCUUCGUACAAAAUUCAACUAAUUACGGUGCGUGUCCGAUUCCGGAUCCACCACCUUAUAGCCCGUGCCCUUCGCAAAUUGGAAAAGUCACUCAAUCUGGGAUGCCUUUCAAUUCUGCAUCACCAAACGUUCUUCCGGUGGCAACUUCAGUUCGGAAAAAAUAUGCCGCAUACGGAUUUUGUGUAUUCUUUUUAAUUAUUGUCAUGAUUGCUGCAUACUUAGGGAAACAGAGUGGGAAACACAAUUAUCAUAAUCGCCAUAACUAUGAUUGGAAUUUUUAACAUCUACCUACUAUUUUAUUUAGAUUAUUAAUCCAUUAUGGCUGUGCAUAGAUGUUAUUGAAACUUUGCGGUGGCGCUUUAGGUAAUGUCAAAGAGAAUGUUGAUAUUGAUGAUGACCAAUUAAUGAAUGACUUACCAAAAGGUAAAACAUAAAAGGGUACUAAACAUAAAUAUACUGAAACCAACACUAGCAUAAUAGAGGACAGUAUAGGUACCGGCUAUCAAUUUUCAAAACGAGUAUUUUCCCAUAUUAUCAGUAUAGUGUUGAGUCUCUUUAGUAUUUUUUGGUACCACUAAUAACGGGCGAUCAAAAAUGAGUUGCUGUCGAGUCGCCUUUGGAAGUUCAAGUUAAGUACGAUUUCCCAUGUAAACAAAAAUUCCAAAGGCGACUCGACAGCAACUCAUUUUUGAUCGCAUGAUAGUAUCCCUACGUAUUUAUAGUACUUAUCAAUGUAUGAUUUAUCUUUUACAUGUCAUUAUUUCUAAUGAUAAUAACCUACAUACGUUAAAAAUAUUUCUCUUUUAUUGUAUGAUUCUGUAUCGAUAUAUUUUUUUUUCAUAAAAGCACUACCUAUA